AGGUUAGAAUUUCCCAUGCGUCGAUUCUUCUGUGAACGCAUCAGCAGGGCUAGCCUAGCAUUGACAAAAAGCAGCUAAUCUGGUUCCAACUUCAGUUUAAGAGUAUAUGUCAUAGCAAUGUCUUUUAAAAGAGAGGGGAAUGACAAGAGUCAACUCAACAUUCUUAAGAAAAGGCGUGUGGCCGAUCUGCUGUCUCAUUUUAUUCCUGAAGACGAAGCUGCGCUGCUGAAAAAUGGAAGAUAUACUUGUCUGGUGUGCUCCUACCGUCCCGUGUUUGAUACGGUUGAUGUGCUGACCGUCCACAGGCAAGGGAAGAAGCAUCUAGAAGGAUUAAAAAUGUUCUAUGGCAAAAAAGCAAAGCUGAGGAGUGAAAUGACUAAAAGGCAGCAUGAGGACUACGUCCAAGCUGAAGACAGUCAGGAACCUUCCACUUCGGCCCCUUUAUUGGCACAAACACGGAAGCUCACCCAUCAUGCAUUGCUGAAAACUGCACCGUAUAACAGCUGUCACAGUAGAACAAGUACAAAACCUGAAACAAAACAAGUGGCAGUCAGAUCAGAUCCUACCAGAAACGCCUGCAACAAACUCCCAUUAGGUUGCUGGAAAAGUGAAGCUUCCAGUAAUUUACCUGCCAGUUGUUCUAAUUCUAGUCCUUCUAAUGAAGUCCCUGAGGCGUCGUCAGCAUCAGAACAAACAGGACCUCGGGUGGCAGAACCCCUAACUGCUCAGAGGAGGAGGGAGCUGGAGCACCAUCUCAAACUAAAAAGUGAUGGAUGGGUGCAGGACUGGAAUGGCCAGUGGGUUAAGGAUGACAAUGUGGAGUUUGAUUCAGAUGAAGAGGAACCUGCGUUUCUAGCCCCACUACCUUCAAGUCUCUGAGACCAAUGAGAGCUUUGAGGGGACUCGGACAAUCCUGUACCACAGUGGUACGUUCAUAGAAACAACUGGAACUCUGUUAGUGAGGACUUUAGUAAUCAGAUAAACCAGUUUGUUGACAUUUUAAGUUAUACUUUGCUUAACUUCAUUGCUUAUUUUUUCUAUUUUAUUGUAACAGUGAACCCCUUGUCUGUACUAGACACAUCUGGGACAUGUCCAGUAAUUGCUGUCAUUCUCAUUUCUUGGCAUGUCACAGAAUCAUUUUAUCACUGCCCACAUGGGAAGAAGACGAAACCAAGUUGUAACUGUCAUGCAUUACAAAAAUGUCCAGUGGAAACCCCAGCAGAUAUUAAAGGACUUUGUUGACAAA